UUAUGCGAUGGUGCUACCUGGUGAUGAUGGGUCGAGAUCAUUGCUGACCAGCCACCCAUGACCGUACACCCUAAGGAUGGUACAGAAAUCCCGCAACGGCGGUGUCUACCCUGGUCCGGCGGCGGAGAAGAAGCUGAAAGUGGGCUUCGUCGGGCUGGAAGCCGGAGCCACCGACUCAAGCAGGGAUGGGGCGCUGCUCAUCGCAGCCACCGACGCCACGAAGCGAGGAAGCAUCUUAAGCAAGCAGAGGACCAGCAUCUCGGGCAAAGGGAAGCCCCCGAAGAGAAAUGCCUUCUACCGAAGGCUGCAGAAUUUCCUCUACAACGUGCUGGAAAGACCGAGAGGAUGGGCGUUCAUAUACCACGCUUACGUCUUCCUGUUGGUCUUUUCCUGUCUUGUCCUCUCCGUUUUCUCAACAAUCAAGGAGUACGAAAAAAGCUCUGAAGAUGCUCUAUAUAUCCUGGAAAUCGUGACCAUUGUAGUGUUUGGAGUGGAGUACAUUGUAAGGAUCUGGGCAGCGGGGUGCUGCUGUCGCUACCGAGGAUGGAGGGGGCGGCUCAAGUUUGCCCGCAAGCCCUUCUGUGUCAUCGACAUCAUGGUGUUGAUCGCCUCCAUCUCGGUGCUGGCGGCUGGAACCCAGGGGAACGUGUUCGCCACCUCAGCCAUCCGGAGCUUGAGGUUCCUUCAGAUCCUGCGCAUGAUCCGGAUGGAUCGCCGCGGAGGCACCUGGAAGCUCUUGGGUUCGGUCGUCUACGCCCACAGCAAGGAGCUGAUCACUGCCUGGUACAUCGGCUUCCUCUGCCUCAUUCUGGCCUCCUUCCUGGUUUACUUGGCUGAGAAAGAGGACAACAAGGAGUUCGAAACCUACGCAGACGCACUGUGGUGGGGGCUUAUCACACUGACUACAAUAGGCUAUGGUGAUAAGUACCCCAUAACGUGGAAUGGACGCCUCCUAGCUGCGACUUUCACCCUCAUCGGAGUUUCGUUCUUUGCCCUCCCAGCGGGGAUUCUGGGCUCCGGCUUUGCCCUGAAGGUCCAGGAGCAGCACCGGCAAAAGCACUUUGAGAAGCGGAGGAAUCCAGCAGCUGGCCUCAUUCAGGCGGCAUGGAGGUUCUAUGCUACCAGUCUGACAAGGACGGACCUGCAGUCUACCUGGGAUUAUUACGAGAGAGCCGUAUCCGUCCCAAUGUACAGGCUGAUUCCUCCUCUGAAUCAACUGGACCUUCUGCGAAAUCUAAAAAGCAAGUCAGGACUGUCAUUCAGGAAGGAUGCCCAGGCAGAAUCCUCCCCCAGCCAAAAGGUCAGCCUCAAGGAGAGGGUCUUCUCAAGUCCCAGAAACUCUGGGUCCAAGGGCAAGGGCUCCCCCCAGGGGCAGAGCAGGUGCAGGUCCCCCAGUGCCGAUAACAGCAUGGAGGACAGCCCCGGCAAGGUGCCCAAAAGCUGGAGCUUUGGAGACCGCAGCCGUACCCGGCAGGCCUUCCGCAUUAAGGGAGCGGCGUCGCGACAGAACUCCGAAGUGCUGAUUGAGAUGCAGGAUGAAGAAUUCAGGCAGAAGAGCUCUCCAGCAAUUGAAGGGUUAAUCAAAGCCAGCCUUCCUGGGGAAGACAUUGUCGAUGACAAUAAGAGCUGCCACUGUGAAUUUGUCCCCCAAGACUUGACUCCAGGAUUAAAAGUUGCAAUCAGGGCUGUGUGCAUAAUGAAGUUUAUGGUUUCAAAGAGGAAGUUCAAAGAGAGCUUGAGGCCUUAUGACGUGAUGGACGUCAUAGAGCAGUACUCGGCAGGCCACCUGGACAUGUUGUCACGAAUUAAAAACCUCCAGUCCAGGAUAGAUUUGAUUGUGGGCCCCCCUACCCCCUCAACUCCCCGCCAUAAGAAGCACACAACCAAAGGACUCAAAGAAUCACCCCAGUACUCGCCUAGAGUUGAUCAGAUAGUUGGUAGAGGCACCCCAACAACAGAUAAGGACCGGCCCAAGGGCACCAGCGAGGGCGAGAUGCAAGAGGACCUCAGCAUGAUGGGACGUCUGGGGAAAGUGGAGAAGCAGGUGAUUUCCAUGGAGAGGAAGCUAGACUUCUUGGUCAACAUCUAUGUGCAGCGCAUGGGCAUUCCGCGGGCAGAGACGGCUGCCUACUUCGGAUCCAAGGAGCCCGAUCCGGCUCCACCCUACGACAGCCCAGUGGAGAAGACUGGCUCCAUCACUAAAAUCAUCCGCUCCAUUAGCUCAACCGGCCAGAAGAAUUUUGAUGCUCCACCCUCAUGUGCCGGUUCUCAAGGGCAGUGUCCUCCAUCUACGUCCUGGCAGCAGCAUCCCCUCAGCGAGUCCCAUCCACGCAGUCAGGGCAACUCGCCCAAUGGUGACCCCUCCUUGGUGCGCAUCCCACCUCCCCCGGUUAACGAUCGCUCUUCUGGGGGAAGCCACCGGGGGGCGUCUCAUCACGCCCGCAGCGAGAAUGGCAAGGCACAGCCUGAGAGUGACACAUCCGUCUCCAUCCCUUCGGUGGACCACGAGGAGCUGGAGAGAUCUUUCAGUGGCUUCAGCAUCUCCCAAUCCAAAGAGAACCUGGAGUUCCUGAACAACACCUACUUCAGUGGCGUGGCCCGUUGUGCCAAGGUCAGGCCCUACAUUGCUGAGGGCGAGUCUGACACUGACUCUGACCUCUGUACCCCUUGUGGCCCCUCCCCACACUCUGCCCCCGGUGAGGGGGCCUUUGGAGACAGGGGAUGGUCGGGUCCCAAGUAAGUCAGACCAGGGAAGUCUACACUACACAAUCAGUGCUUCAAAACCACAGCCUGUAGUGAAGGAACUGCGAAUUAGGCUGUACACUCAGCUGGUUUUAAUGUCCGAGGUUUUCUAAUGGGUUACAUUUAUCUAGCUUUGAUGGACGGCAGAUGCGCUUUCCCUCACGUAUCCAUGCAUUCAUUUCUCAGAGUGUAUUUCACACUAAAUAUUGUCUAUUCUAGAUCCGCAUUGCAUCUACACUUGCCCUCAUUGCUAGAGACAAUUGAAUGUAGCUGGCAAUGUUUAACGUAGUCAAAGGAGGGAAUUCAGAUCACUUUGCUCAAGGUGAUUAUGAUUGUAACUGUGGAAUCUUGGCAUUGAUCGCCAUCACACCUCCUAUCUACACCGCUGAACACAUCCUGUCAUAUGGAAUGCCUUACAUGACAGCAGGGGCACUGUAAAGGGGGGG